GCUGGUUACCUUCUGUCAGUGAGCAACAGUCUUACUGCAAAGCAGGAGCACAACCCGUCUCUUUGUCUCCGUGGUCAAACCAAUUACUUCUUAGAAAGUCGGAUUUUCUCAGAAUGACCAUGUACAGAAGCAAACGUAGACAUCAGAGAUAUAUUAACAUGGCAGGAGAACCCAAACCAUACAGACCAAAACCUGGAAGCAAGAGGCCCCUUUCUGCACUUUACAGACUUGAAUCAAAGGAGCCAUUCCUGUCUGUUGGUGGUUAUGUCUUUGACUACGAUUACUACAGAGAUGAUUUCUACAAUCGGUUGUUUGAUUACCACGGGCGUGUGCCUCCACCUCCCCGGGCAGUAAUCCCACUGAAGCGUCCCAGAGUGGCUGUCACAACCACUCGCAGGGGAAAAGGAGUCUUUUCCAUGAAAGGGGGAUCAAGAUCUACCGUCAGUGGGUCAUCUUCAUCAGGCUCUAAAUUGAAAUCAGAUGAGUUACAGACCAUCAAGAAAGAAUUAACCCAGAUCAAAACUAAAAUUGACUCCUUGCUAGGGCGCCUGGAGAAGAUUGAGAAGCAGCAGAAGGCGGAGGCAGAAGCUCAGAAGAAGCAAUUGGAAGAGACUAUAGAACUGAUCCAAGAAGAAUGUGUGUCAGAGAAUGCAGACCACUCUACAGAGGAGCCUGCAGAAGGAGGGCAAGAUGCAGAUGGAGAAGAGAUGACUGAUGGGAUAGAGGAGGACUUCGAUGAAGAUGGGGGUCAUGAGCUG